CGACGCGCGGCGCGCUCGCCGCAGUCCUCUAGUGUUGUACUGUAAUCAUAUGACAGGGAGUCGGUCCCCGCUGCCGAAUACCGACACACCGGGCGGACACGAGCGAAGGUGCCGGGGUGGAGGACACCAGUUGAUGGUAGCUCUGUAGCAGAAGGAGUGCAUGCGGAGGCGGCCGAAGUGUCAAACAAGUGCCAAACUCCCCCCUUAACUUUUUCAAAACUCUGGAGAGAGCCGAGCGGAGGGGUUGGGGGGGAGAACCGUUGAAGAGGACAGGACUCACGAACCGAAGGACAGUCCGCUGUACCCGGAGCUGAGAGUUGAGUCUGAUCCGGUGGUGUGCUGGUCGUGGCUGGUGGAACCCCCCUUCCCUCCCCUGGGAUCGUCGCUUUUUAUUUAAAAGAAAAGUUGAUAAGAUUUCCCUGCUAGCUAGGUCACCCGAAUCAAAAGCCAUGGUCGGGGAGACAGAGGUGAAGGAAAGACCCAAGUCCAACCCGGACUAUCUGAUGCAGCUGAUGAACGACCGGAAGGUGAUGAGCUCCCUGCCCAACUUCAGCGGCAUCUUCACGCAUCUGGAGCGGCUGCUGGAUGAAGAGAUCGGCAGGGUGCGCAAAGACAUGUACAACGACACGCUAAAUGGUGGCAUGUUCAACGGGCGGGACAUGGAGGAGCUCCCUGAGGCCAUCGGACCUGUUGCUCAGCUGCAGGAGAAGCUCUACGUGCCUGUCAAAGAGUACCCCGAUUUCAAUUUUGUAGGAAGGAUCCUGGGCCCACGUGGCCUGACAGCCAAGCAGCUAGAGGCGGAGACCGGCUGCAAGAUUAUGGUGCGAGGAAAGGGCUCCAUGAGAGACAAGAAGAAGGAGGAGAUGAACCGAGGGAAGCCCAACUGGGAGCACCUCAGCGAGGACCUCCACGUCUUGAUCACUGUGGAGGACACGCACAACCGCGCCAAGAUCAAGCUCCAGCGAGCCAUCAACGAGGUCAAGAAACUUCUCGUGCCCGCUGCUGAGGGGGAGGACAACCUGAAGAAAAUGCAGCUGAUGGAGCUGGCCAUUCUCAAUGGGACCUACAGAGACGCCAAUGUCAAGACACCCACUGCCGCCUUCCCGCUAGCGACCCCUCAGGCGCCUCGGAUCAUCACAGGCCCAACACCCGUCCUGCCUCCCACCCUGCGGAACCCCGCCCCGGUGACCACGCCCACCAUCAUGCCUCUGAUCCGUCAGAUCCAAAGCUCCGCCCUCGUGCCGGGAGCCAAUCCGCAUCCAGCACUGGUGCAGCAAGGACCCGAAUCUGGAAUCAUCUACACGCCUUACGAGUAUCCCUACACACUCACGCCCUCCAUAUUGGAAUACCCGAUUGACUCAACUGGAGUAUUAGUCCCUUCUCCCUGUGUUUUUGCAGCAGGUGCCAUGACCACUAAGGUACGACGCCACGACAAGAGAAUCCAUCCUUACCAAAGGGUAGUGACCACAGACAGAGCUGCCACGGCAACUAACCCAUGACCCCACCCCCUCCGCCCCGCCCCUUGACCUUCUGACCUUUCCGCCCACUGAUGACCCACCCAUCUCUGCUCGCUGGCGUGCUCAUUGGCCCGUGGCUCAGCCAACAAGAGACCAGAACAUUGGGAACAAGCCGGCUGCUGCUGCUGCCUCUAUCUAAACCAGCCAACCAGAUGACAGCGAUCCCGGGAAUAAACCUCAGGACCCCACCCCACUGCCCCUUUCCCAUCACUUUACCAAACGUGCCUUCCUUCUAAAAUCCCAAAGCCAGUCUAAGAAUCUUCUCUGAAUAUCAAAAUUACAAUCUGUGACAGCUGUUUGACUUUACAAGGGGGGUGGGCCCCAAACUGGAGAAGGGCUUUCUAAACUGAUUCCUAUCCCCGCUGUGCUGCCAUGCCAUGCAAUAAUGACUAUUAAUAACAUGGUAACUAUACUGAUACCGGUGUUACUUAUCAGCACAAAAAAAACCCUCCAUACACACUAAACUGUGGGACAUGUGUUAAGAUUUUAUUGCGUUUCUCCCCUUAGUGAGUGCUUCUUUUCAGCGAGUUUUAACUGCAACGUAACAUUUACAACGGUGUUAAAACACGCAUAUGUUAACAAAACAAAAAUCUAUCUUGACACCCGACAAAGCCAUCAUUC